AUGCUAUCACCACAAGAAAAGAAAGACAAAAGCAUACGGGCAACCGACUUGGACGCUUUAAGCUGCCGCCAUUGUGCCAAUGCCAAAGGCUAUUUCGUUCCACCUGACUUAUAUAUCCAAGAUCUACUUCGAUCUUAUGAACAUAAUCUCCAACACUGCCGUGGAUACACAGCUCUAUCGGCUGGGAGAUCGCUCAGAACACUUUUCAAAGACCCCAAAUACCCAUUGAUCAACAGAGGUACAUUCUUUAGGGCUAAACUGAUCAACACCAUUGUGGAGAGAUUCAUUAGCUCGCAUGACGAAUGUCAAAUCAUCUCUCUAGGAGGAGGUUCCGACACUCGAGGAUUUCGUGUUUUACAGGAGCACCUGAAAGGUGUCAGAUAUGCGGAAAUUGAUUUCAUAGAACUGGUUAAAAUCAAAAAGGCUGCUAUCCUUCUGAAUCCUACGAUCCAGGGUAUAGUGGGUGAUGAAUCAGAGAAUGUUAGCAUAAAAGAUAGAGCCUCCUUCGAAGCACUAGAUCCAGAAAUCCACACCUCAAAGUACGACCUCAUAGCAUUAGACCUCAGAAAAAUAGAGGAGCAUGGAAGCGAGAGUGUUUUAAAGUACGUGGAUCAAGAACGACCUACAUUGGUGAUCAGUGAAUGCGUGCUAUGUUAUUUAACCCCUGAGGAUAACGAGAAAGUCUUGGGGUUUUGCAAAUCUAAUUUCCGGAAUUUGGCCGUAUUGAUGUACGAGCCAAUGGGUUUGGGAGAUGCUUUUGGCCAGACUAUGGAGCAAAACCUCAUCAGUCGUGGCAUUGACCUCCACACGUUCAAAAAGUACCCCGAUUUGAAAUCAAGAGAAACGUUCUUUAACCAAACACUAGGUUUUGAGACUGUCAAGUCCACAGAUUUGGCUGAAGUUGGCGGCUAUACCUCGAAUAACCUAUCAUGGUUGCUGAAGGAUGAGGUGGCCCGAGCAACCAGGAUUGAAAUGAUCGAUGAGGUGGAAGAGAUCAGCCUUUUGCUUCAGCACUAUUGUCUCAUUUUUGCCCAAACGGGCAAGGUGCCAGAGAAGAUUCUCGACCUUAAAUGGCUUUAUUGA